AUGAGUACGCCUGCAAAUAAUGGAAGUGUUCCACUGAUAGAGCCCGAGGAUUUGCCUAUCGAAGUCAAACGUGAGAAUGAGUACGGUACGCUGGAAUCCAAAGAUCAUCUGUAUCAGGUGCGGUCUCUAAAAGGGGAACCUAUUCAGAGGCCUAUCAUUGAUACCCCACCGUAUUACAUUUCGAUGAUCACGUAUCUGAACUAUCUAAUACUGAUCAUUUUGGGACACAUACAUGAUUUCCUAGGUAUGAAAUUUCAGAAGGACAGGCACCAGGAUAUCUUGGAACGAGACGGCUUUGCUCCGUGGUAUUCCAAAUUCGAGAGUUUCUUCGCGAGGAGAAUGAAGAAGAGAAUCGACGAUUGCUUCUCGAGGCCUACCACGGGGGUUCCAGGCCGUUUCAUCCGCUGCAUCGAUCGUAUCUCGCAUAAUCUGAACGAGUACUUCACUUAUCCGGGGACUGCGUCUAUGUGUUUGAAUCUGUCGUCCUACAAUUACCUUGGUUUUGCGCAGAGUGAGGGACAAUGCACAGAUGCUGCGUUGGCCAGCGUGGAUAAAUACGGUGUGCAAUCUGGAGGUCCCAGAAACCAGGUUGGCUCAACAGAACUGCAUUUGGAGGCAGAAAAACUGAUAGCUUCGUUCGUCGGGAAGGAAGAUGCAAUGAUUUUCUCGAUGGGCUACGGUACGAAUGCCAAUUUUUUCCAGGCGUUUCUAGAUUCAAGGUGUCUAGUGGUUUCUGACGAGCUCAACCAUACUUCGAUUAGAACUGGUGUCAGGCUUUCGGGCGCUGCUGUGCGGACUUUCAAGCAUGGCGAUAUGGCCGGUCUAGAGAAGCUAAUCAGGGAACAAAUCGUGCUUGGGCAACCAAAAACCAGCCGUCCUUGGAAGAAAAUCCUGAUUUGUGUCGAAGGAUUGUACUCUAUGGAGGGUACGGUCUGUAACCUUCCGGAGUUGGUCGCCCUAAAGAAGAAGUACAAAUGCUAUUUAUUUGUAGAUGAAGCUCACUCAAUUGGCGCUGUCGGUCCAAACGGACGUGGUGUAUGCGAUCUCUUCGGCAUUGACCCGGAUGAUAUCGAUAUCCUGAUGGGCACGCUAACCAAGUCGUUCGGUGCAUCUGGUGGUUACAUUGCGGCAGAUCGCUGGAUCAUUGAUCGACUGAGGCUAGAUCUCACGACCGCGAACUAUGCAGAACCUGCCGCAGCCCCCGUCCUAGCACAGAUCAUCUCAUCACUGAAGACAAUCUCUGGUGAAUUGAAGCCCGGCGAAGGCAGAGAAAGGCUACAACGUAUUGCUUUCAACUCGCGUUACUUGCGCCUUGGUUUGCAGAGGUUAGGUUUCAUCGUUUACGGCUCACCAGACUCUCCAGUCAUCCCGAUGCUGUUGUACUGCCCUUCCAAAAUGCCAGCUUUUUCCAGAAUGAUGUUACAAAGAAAAAUAGCCGUUGUGGUAGUGGCCUAUCCGGCGACGCCUCUGAUAGAAUCUAGAGUCAGAUUCUGUGUUUCCGCUGCACUCACAAAGGAUGAUCUGGACUAUUUACUGCGUCAUGUGAGCGAAGUCGGUGACAAGCUCUACUUAAAGCUAAGCUCAGGGAGGGCAAGCGCUAAAGAAGAUGGAGUUCCACCCAGAUGGGAUGUCGAGGAAGUCAUUGCGCGUACCGCGGAGGACUGCAAAGAUGAUAAAUACUUCAUCAUAUGA